GUUUGCAACCCUUUUGUGAGAGAUCUCCCAUGAUACGGCACAAAUGGGGAAAUGGUCGUCCCUAAGACGCAUCGACACAGCACACUCCUCGCCGUCUCUCUCAGUCGUGCUCGCUUAGCUUGCUGCUGCCGCUGGACUGGAACAUGGGAAUGAAUUCCAUCGAUACUAACGAGGCGACGCCGCCGCCUCCCGCAAUAAAGCACCCGCACCUCCGCUCCCACCCAUUCCUCUCUCUCUCGGCCCUUGAACUCAUCGCUACUAGCUGGUAGUGUGAUUCUUCUCGCUCUCUCCGCUGAUCUCCCUUUCCGGUAGACCCCGCGUGCGCCCUUCUUGCAGCCAUGGCUGCUCCCAUCGCCGCCGCCGCCGCAAGAUCGGCCGUCCUCGCCUGCUCCCCUGCCCGCUGGGUCCAGGGAAUGGAUGCAGUGUCGUUUCGAGUAUCAGCAUCUUUCUCCGGGCAAAGAGCAAGCUUUCUAUCACUUCGAUUGCAGCGGAUUCCAAAGCGCUUUCAGGCGCCAUGCUCGGCAAAACAUGAAACUAUUGAUAAAGUUUGCAAAAUAGUGAAGAAUCAGUUAGCGUUAGCUGAAGACACCACUAUAACAGGAGAGACAAAGUUUGGAGACCUUGGGGCUGAUUCACUUGACACGGUUGAAAUUGUGAUGAGUCUUGAGGAGGCAUUCCAAAUCACCGUGGACGAAUCAAGCGCUCAAGGGAUCCAGACCGUGGAGGAUGCCGCCGCUCUUAUCGAUAAGCUUGUGGCAGAUAAGGAUGCUUAAAACUACGUCAAGGUUUCCUGUAUGAUCAGUUCUGCGGGCACCGAGUUCACCUACAUUGGUUCUGGAUGGUGGUUGAGGGGCCAUGGUUCCCUGCAAUUAGUCAGAAUUCUCUUAUGCGUGCCUUUUGGGAUUAAAAUAAAAGAGGGAAAUAGUCCUUUUUUCCCCA